GGAAGGCAGCAGCCGGCAGAAAACCGCCCGCCGCCAACUCUCCCUUCCCUCCUCUCCCUUCAGGAGCCCCCACCCCGCCUUCCUCUCCUCCUCCUCCCCCCCUCCUCUGCUGCUGCUGCUGCUGCUGCUCCGCAAUCGGGGAUAAAUCAGGGAAGCGAACGCACGCACGGGGUGAGCGGGGAUCCGUUACAAAAGUAGCGCUGAUGGCGGCGGAUCGGAUGAAGCUGGAGCUGCUGCCGGAGUAGCAGACAGUGGAGUGCCUCGCUCGCUCCUCUCUUCCCCCUCUCCACCCACCGAUCUCCAUCGUUUCUCCUCCUCCUCCCCACCCUCGGCCGCGCUCCCUGCACAUCGCUGGGCUGUGCCAGGGGGCGGGCGGGGGCAGCGGAGGAGCCUUUAAAAACCAGCGGCCCCCCCACACCCGGCACGCACAAUAAUUGAAUUUAUUAUUAUUACCGUCUCGCCGACUUGGGGGGAAAAAAGAGGGAUCGAUCUUCGAUCAGGAAGAUGGCUGCUGGCUGGCUGCUGAUCUUUAGCCUGACACUUUUCCAGUCCCUGGUGAUGAACCACUCCUCGGAGGGCCCGUUCCCUUCGCCCACCACGAUAAAAUCAUGGGUAGAUAAGAUGCAAGAAGACCUCAUAACACUGGCACGAACUGCAAGUGGAGUGGAACAGCUUGCUGCGAUAUAUUUGAAAAACAAAGAUUUGUAUACUGUAGAAGCCAACAAUCCUCGUCAGCUAGUGGAAAUUGCAGCCAGAGACAUUGAAAAACUGCUGAGUAACAGGUCUAAGGCUUUGGUGCGCCUCGCUAAAGAAGCAGAGAAGUACCAAGCAUCACAUCAGUGGAGGGAUGAGUUUGGGAAUAAUGAUAUAAUCUAUUACAAUGCAAAAGAUGACCAGAACGAUCCUGAAAAGAAUGACACUGAAUCUGGCAGCCAGAGAAUCAGACCAGUAUUUGAAGAAGAUCCUGUUUUCCGACGGCAAACGUCUUACCAACAUGCUGCAGUUCACAUACCAACAGAUAUUUAUGAAGGCUCAACUAUAGUGUUAAAUGAACUCAACUGGACUGCAGCAUUGGAUGAUGUAUUCAAGCGAAACAGAGAAGAAGACCCCACUUUAUUAUGGCAAGUUUUUGGUAGUGCAACUGGCCUCGCUAGGUAUUACCCAGCUUCCCCAUGGGUAGAUAAUAGUCGAACUCCAAACAAAAUAGAUCUGUAUGAUGUUCGUAGAAGACCAUGGUAUAUCCAAGGAGCUGCAUCUCCCAAAGACAUGCUGAUUUUAGUUGACGCGAGCGGGAGUGUCAGUGGAUUGACGCUGAAGCUGAUCCGUACGUCGGUCAUUGAGAUGUUAGAGACCUUGUCUGAUGAUGACUUUGUGAAUGUAGUUUCAUUUAACAAUAAUGCUCAGAAUGUCAGUUGCUUUAAUCAUCUUGUCCAAGCUAAUGUGAGGAACAAGAAGAAGCUGAAGGAAGCUGUGGAUAAAAUCUCUGCUAAAGGAAUUACUGAUUACAAAAAAGGCUUUAGCUAUGCUUUUGAACAGCUGCUGAAUCACAGUGUUUCUAGAGCUAACUGCAAUAAGAUUAUUAUGUUGUUUACGGAUGGUGGUGAAGAAAGAGCACAAGAAAUAUUCCAUAAAUAUAACGAAGACAAAAAAGUACGUGUGUUCACAUUUUCUGUUGGUCAACAUAAUUAUGACAAAGGACCUAUACAGUGGAUGGCCUGUGAAAAUAAAGGUUAUUAUUAUGAAAUUCCAUCCAUUGGAGCCAUAAGAAUAAACACCCAGGAAUAUCUGGACGUUUUGGGAAGGCCAAUGGUGUUAGCUGGAGAGAAAGCCAAACAGGUCCAAUGGACAAAUGUCUAUCUGGAUGCUCUGGAGCUGGGCCUUGUGAUUACAGGAACUCUGCCUGUCUUCAAUCUAACAAAAGAACAAAAUGGAAAAAUAAAUCAGCUGAUUCUUGGAGUAAUGGGGGUUGAUGUCUCUCUGGAAGACAUAAAAAAGCUGACACCUCGAUUUACGCUUUGUCCAAAUGGCUACUACUUUGCAAUUGAUCCUAAUGGGUAUGUGCUACUUCAUCCAAAUCUCCAACCAAAGAAUCCUAAAUCCCAGGAGCCAGUAACACUGGAUUUUCUAGAUGCUGAACUGGAAAAUGACAUUAAAGUUGAGAUUCGAAAAAAAAUGAUAGAUGGAGAAAGUGGAGAAAAAACAUUUGAAACUCUGGUCAAGUCCCAGGAUGAGAGAUAUAUUGAUAAAGGAAACAGAACAUAUACAUGGACUGCUGUAAAUGGCACUGAUUACAGUUUGGCAUUGGUGUUACCAUCAUACAGCUUUUAUUAUAUUAAAGCUAAAAUAGAAGAACCAAUAACUCAAGCCAGAUAUUCAGAAACACUGAAGCUUGAUCAUUUUGAUGAAGCUGGCUAUACGUUUUUAGCGCCAAGAGAAUACUGUAAUGAUGUAAAGAAAUCAGAAAACAACACUGAAUUUUUAUUAAAUUUCAAUGAGUUUAUUGAUAGAAAUACUCCAAGCAGUCCAUCAUGUAAUACUGAUAUGGUCAUUAGAGUUCUGCUGGAUGCAGGAUUUACAAAUGAACUUGCCCAAAAUUAUUGGAGUAAGCUGUAUCUUGAUGGGGUUGUUGCGCAGUUUGUUGUUACGGAUGGUGGAAUUACCAGAGUGUUCCCAAAAAGGGCUGGAGAAGAUUGGUUGGAAAAUGCAGAAACUUAUGAAGUCAGCUUCUAUAAACGGAGUUUAGAUAAUGACAACUAUAUUUUCACAGCUCCGUACUACAACAAAAGCGGUGCCAAUAGCUAUGAAUCAGGUAUUAUGGUAAGCAAGGCAGUGGAAAUAACAAUUAAUGGAAAACUUCUGAAACCUGCAGUUGUUGGAAUAAAAAUUGAUGCAACCAAAUGGAUGGAAAAUUUCACAAAAACCACAAUCAAGAGCCUGUGCAACAGUGAAAUCUGUGGCUGUGAAAAAAACAGUAUGCAUGUGGACUGUGUUAUCCUUGAUGAUGGUGGAUUUCUUUUGAUGUCAAAUCGGGAUGAAUAUACCCAACAGAUUGGAAGAUUCUUUGGUGAAAUUGACCCUGGCCUGAUGAGAAACUUAAUUAACAUGUCCUUGUAUGCCUUUAACAAGUCAUAUGACUAUCAAUCAGUCUGUGAUCCUGAAGAAGAACCAAAGCAAGGAGCUGGACUUCGUUCAGCUUAUGUGCCUACAAUAGCAGAUAUUUUGCAUCUAGGAUGGUGGGCUUCGGCAGCUGCCUGGUCUAUCUUACAGCAGCUGUUUUUGAGCUUGACUUUCCCACGUUUCCUUGAGGCAGCUGAUAUGGAAGAUGAUGAUUUCUCUACUGCUCUGCCUAAAACAAGUUGUAUCACUGAGCAAACUCAGUAUUUCUUUGAAAAUGAUGAUAAAUCUUUUAUUGGGAUUGUAGACUGCAUUAACUGUUCAAGACUUUAUCAUGCAGAGAAGAUUUCAAACACCAAUCUAGUAUUCAUUAUUAGCGACAGCCAACUGCUGUGCCGUUCCUGUGAUCCAAAGCCACUGAUGCAAGCAGAGAAGCCGGAUGAAGGGCCAAACCCUUGUGAAAUGGUCAAACAGCCCAGAUACAGAAAAGGUCCCGAUGUCUGUUUUGAUGAAGCCAAACAGGAAGAUUCAGCCGACUGCGGUGGUGCCUCUGGUCUGAGUCCAUCACUGUGGUCUAUGGUAGGAAUUCAGUUGGUCCUGCUUUGGCUCUUAUCCGGCAGCAGACACUACCAGUUAUGACCUUGCUAAAACAAAACCUGCAUAACUUAAUCAAGAUCCAGCCAAAACAAUAGCCUCAGUUUCAUUUUAAAAAGGAUCAGCUAUUCAGACAGCAGCAGAACAGCAAUGCUCAUGUCUGGUUGUCAUGCGUUGUGAGAUCCAUAAAGGCACUCAAAGUGGCUGCAUAUUGGAGUGUCAAUCCUUAAACGUAUGUGAAUGCUGCAUCAUCUUUGCCACCCAAACAGAAUUCCGUACACGCUUCACUGGGGAAUCUAAGAUUUUUUUCAUUCAUUCGUUGUUGUAAUCUUGAUGACUUCAUGUAAAAGGGCUCCCCUGACCACAGCUUAUGUAUAUGAUUUUCAUUUAUAUUAAGCUUUGGAUUUAUUGAAGAUUUAUAUUCUUUUACAUGAACAUUUAUUUAUGAAAGAAAGAAGAAAAAAAAGAGAGUAUGCUCCCCAGUAUACAUUGCUAGCACCACAGUGGCUGCUUUGAACAUCAGUUUUGUCCAAACUAUUUGAGUGAAAUGAAAAUAUUGGCUAGACUUCAUCAGAAGCUCAGCACAAUUGAAAUGCUGUGCAAGUGGUUUAUUCUUCCAAAGUUAAUUGGAACAGGUAGCUGGCAAUAUUUUGGUAGGUUCAUAAAUUGUUAGCUUAAAGAAAAGAAUAGAGAAAGGAGGAAACUACUGUUUUUAAAAAUAUAAAGAUGCUUGAGAGUGUAACUUAGAAACAAUUCUCUUAAUCUUGGUGUCAUCUUCUAUCAGAAAAAUAUUAAUUUCUAUUUACUACUCACCUCCUUUUCACAAUGCAGAUAUACAUAUAAAGCUAGUCAAGUCCUUCAAAGAUUCAAAAAAAAUGCUUGUGAAUAAAAAUAAAAUUAUAUGUGCUAUUUGAAUGUUGGUUUCCAAGGGUAUUUUGCAUGAUGAUGAUGCUACGUUACUGUUUUUCAGUUAGUUUUCUUUGAUGGUAGAGUAUAGUCCAUUGCAAAGGUAACUGAGUGGUUCUUUUUUUGUGUGAGAAACUGAACAUUGCAAUGUAUUGCAAUCAAAUCAUAUUGAAUUAUGUUAUGAAAUAGAGCUCUGAAUAUACUGUGCAAUGAAAAGCUGAGAAAAUAGGGUGAAUUUAGCUAUCGUAACAAAAAGGUUGAGUUGGAUUUUUUUACAUAAUAGUGAUCUCACAUUAAAACCCAUGUACAGAUAUUUUAAGUAUAUAAAAAAUCAGAUUUUACAUAUUUAUUUUUGAAAGUAUAUGUUCACUAAGGUUCAUAUCAGGUUCCCCCUUUGUUUGCUUUAAAAUUCAUCCAGAAUAUUAAAAUUAUGCUGUUGCUAUUUAUCAUUGAAAAUAGCAAAAUUAACAGCAAAAUUACCUGGUGUCUAAGAUUGGGAAAAAUCUAAACAAAUGGGGAGCCUUGAAUCUGUAUGUAUGCACAUUGAUACUUGAUUGUGAAUAAUAAUUUUAGAAGUUGUUUUUAUACAACCUCAUUGGUGAUACAGAUUGGUGCAGUAAAUUACAAUAUUACAGUGUAUCAUAGUGUUGAUGCAAAAUAUGAUUUGUGCUUUUUUCUAGUUUUCAGAACUAAACAGUAUUGCAAGACAGCUAAACCAAUGAAUGUGCAGCUCUGCUGAUAUUGUAUAAUUCUGCUAACAACUGCAAUAUGCAAAUAUUAACAUGGCACAAUAUACUAGCUCUUUAAAAAAUAAGAAAAUGCAAAGCAUUGGUAUGUGUAUGCUGGCAAUUGAAUGAUAUAAUUUUGAUCAUGUCAAAAGCUUAAAGAAACAAUUGGGCAUGCAUUAAUACCCUAUGAAACAUGAAGAAGCUACUCAAAGCCCUGGCAUGGCUUAAAAGAUCAGACAUCUACUGUAGUUGUACCCACGGCUGGUUUGUUGUUUUCCUCAUGAACCUUGGCUCCAGCUAUGUAUUUUCUCAUUUUUGGAAGUACAAUGAGUGAAAACAGUAAAAACUGACCUUCUGUUCAGUAAUAAAUUUUAGCUUUUAAAAAAUAUCUCUUGUACAGACAUGGGGUCAAAAUUACAGUCAACUCCGUUGGAUGACUUCAGGUCCUCCUCAGGGAAGGUGAGCUAAUUUUAAUGCUAUGAGUAAAGGUAAUCUUGCAGCUCUUCUUCCAGUUAUCUUACUGCACUAAUUAUUAAAAAAAACCAACAACAAUAAUAAUAGAGUCUUUCUAAUCCUUAAACUCUAUUCUGCAUUUUUCCUUAAUGCAGUCAAAUGAAAUCUUAUGAAGGAUCAAGGUUUGUAGGAUUAAGCCAAUACUCAGUAUGCUUGUUUGCUUUUACUUUAAGAUUAGUUAAAAUACACAUUACUUUUGCAUCUUGCUAUUUUAAUUUCUUGAAAGGUUGCCAGUAUAAUAAGCGCUAUACAUUUUUCACUUAGCUACCCAAAAGAAACCCUUCAUGGAAAAGUUACAUUACUGAGAUGUUAGAAUAAUUUGGUUACACGAGUGAGCUAUAUUCUGAAUUAAUUAAUAACUAUUUGAUUAGAGUCCGUAGGAAGGAAGAAAGAUAGCACAAAGCUAUAAUGCCACAGAAACCAAGUGGGGCUUUUGCUCUUAUUCCACUUCCCUUAGAGGGCUCACAUAUAAAAAGAAGGGAAAAGUGCAUGCAGUGCAGACACAUUAGCCUUCUUGGGCUAUCCAGAGAGGGAAGUACUCUUUGUUCCUCUCCUCUGCCUCUCUCUAGGACUUAAAGAAUCAUUUCCUUAUAUACACGUAGCCUUUCAGCCAUUAAACCUGUCUGAUCAAAAACUCAGGAUUUUGAUAAUACGGAAGUGAUGUAUCUAUAAAAUACAAAACACCAGAACACCAGAAAGCAAAUGCAAUGUGAACAUAGCUAUCUCAAAAUGUGAAGAACAGGCAGUUAGAAAUAUCUUCCAUGAAUAACUACUUAUUCUUAUGCAGAAGAAUAUCCUUACUCUCAUAUAAUGUGAAGUAGUCAACUUCUCUUUGUAAGAAAAUAAACUUGAUCCUAGGCUUGAAAUUGAGACAUUUUCAAAUUACAACACGCUCUAAAAAGUUUUUCUGAAGUCAGAUAAUAAACUAUGUUGGUAUUUGCUCAGAUCCUUUAAAUAGCACUAAGGGGCAGAGAUAAACUGCUGUAACUAUUUUCGUUUACACUGAAGUCAUGUGGCCUACUGUACAUCUGAUAAAUAACCACCAUUAAAGUUCUCACAGUGUGGUACUGUACAAGUGUGAUCCGAAGACUUAGCAUGAAAGGUUUCUUUUCUUUUUUUUCCCUUUUGUUUGUUUAAACAACCAGCAUUACUGCCAAAACACUAACCGUGGUCCACAUUUGUAACAGGUUUUUAACAUGACAUAGCAGGUUUGAUUGACAAGAUUUUUAGGUCCUGUAUCAUUGAGAUUUUAGUAUGAUAUUUUUCAUGUUUCUAAUGCUUGAGGCUUUACUGCUUAACUUGACAAAAAAAAAAAAAAAACACCAACAGUGUUGCUGCCAUUUGUAAUUUUUCCUAUAAUAUUCCUUUUACUAACUUAAAAACUGGCCUUACUGGGUUCAAAUAGGCAGUAUCCCUUUUAAGUGACCUUUGCAACCCAAGUGUUACUUGCUGCAGUUGAGAGUUUUUUGGUAUCACUGAAGAGACAUAAAGAACUUUUUUUCCCAUCAACAUGUAAGCUCAGAAAGUGUGCUUAGUAACUCUUAAUUUCAAAACACAACCUCAGUCUCACUGGUCCUAAAAAUUCAGAUGCUAGCACACUGGUUAUUAAGAGGCAUAUUAAUGCCUACAAGGCACAGCAAUGCUCUCUGAUGUUUUUAGAAUGUCGACUGAAGGUGAAAUCUUAACUCCUUAGGUGAAAUUUUACCCUAGCUUCAUCAGACAUCUAAGCCUUUAAAAAAGGCCAGAUUUUUUUUUCUUCCAUACCACAAUGUUAAUAUUGUUAAUACUCAUUGUACACUACUGUAAAAAGAUUAAAACAAAGUGUCUGAAAACAAUUCAAGAGUUUUGAAAAGUUAGCCUCACCUUCUUCCUAGCUACUUGGAUCUGUACUGUUUAUGGCUUAAAAGAAAAAUACCAUCUUAAAGAAAUAAUUUCACUGAGGCUAAACGAGUACUGUCUUGUUCAGAUGCCAUGAAAAUGCGAUUGUGAUCUGACAAAGCUGUCUUCUCUUCUUGUGUUGUAUGGAAUGUCUGGAUCAUGCUUCCUGGGAUAUUUUUAUUGAAAUGCUCAGUGUGCGUUUCUGCAAAAAGGCUUGAUUGCUCUUACAAGGCAAAGCAAGUCUUUCUCCCUUUUAUUGUGUUCUCUUGACACUUUUGUGGAACUUGACAAGCCUGGAAAAAUAAAUUUUUGUAAAAAUUUGUACAAUAAUGUUAUAAAAAGUUUAUAAUCCUAGAACUGUUGUGUUAAUUCUUGUGCAAAAACAGUAUAUUCAGAAUAAAAAUUUAUCAUUUAAAAUCAA